AUGGUUCUAUUAGAUCAAAAACUGAUGAAGGACAAUUCUCAUUACUGUGGAUUCGUAGGUGUACUCAGCUAUGAGAUUUCCAUUGUCUUUCAUUUCGUCAUAUCGAUAAACCGGUUUUGUGCAGUCUGGACACCAUUCAAGUACCAACAAAUAUUUAAUAUAAACAAUACUUGUGUCGUCAUUCUGAUGAUAUGGGUUGUUGUUGGAACAAUUGAUGUAAUUCUAUACGAAUGGUAUUGUCAUUUCUAUUUUGACGAUAGCAUCGGAUUUCUAACAUUCAACAAUUCUGAGCUCUGCUCAGACAUUGGUUGGUAUGGGGACUUUGUCAAAAACUCAUUUAUUGUGGCCGUGGUAUUAUGUUUCGAUAUUAUUACAAUCAUUGGCGUCAGAAGAGUUUCCAAAAAACUGAAAUCAGGGAUGACUGAUGCAACAAUCAAAAAGUUCUCUCGUCGGGAUAGACGAUUUCUGAAGCAGACAUUGAUUCAAGGGUCUGUAUUCAUGUUAGAGUUAUUGACCUACUUCUUUAUUCCACAAUACUUCACAAAUAGAUGGAUUGUAUUUUUUGGAACAUCAUUUGCAUGGGUAGCCGUUCACGUGGCAGAUGGACUAAUCGUGAUAAUUUGCAAUCCUGAAAUACGAAACUUCUUACUCGCUGACAAAACUUCUCUCAGACGUGGAACAAUUCUUCAAGUUUCAUCAGUUGUAGUGUAUCCUCAAUAA